AAUCAUGACGAACCCUACUCCUGGCCUUUCGGGCCUCGUCGACCUCAUCGACUCCCUCCCCGACCUGGGUGCCACUUGGGGCCCCGCCAUCACCACCGAGACCACUCUCAAUGGCGUCCCCUACGCCCCCUACUCCAAGGGCGACAAGCUCGGCCGCAUGGCCGACUGGACUGCCGAUUCCAAGGAUGGCCGCGACGGCCGUGGCGGUCGCCAGCAGUACAACAGGAACUUCCGUGACCAGCAGAUCUACGGUGCCGGUUCCACCUCCAUCUUUGCGCCCCCCGUCGCCGAGGACGAGUCUUCCUUCUCCGUUGUCUCCAACGUCAAGGACACUGGCAAGACCCGCUUCGGUCGUGGUGCUGUCUUUACUAGAGGCCGUGGCCAACGCGGCGGUGCUGGCGCCCAGGCUGGCAGGGGUGGUGGCCGUCAGACCUUCCAGAGGACAGGUCGCGGUGGUCAGCAGUACGGUGGUGGCUACGACGGUGGCCGCGGUGGCCGCCAGAACACUGGCGCUCGCGGUCGCCGCUUCGGCUGGAAGGAUUAUGACAAGCCCCAGCGCAACCGUGAUGCUUCGAUCAACAUCAAGGGUGACUGGAAGUUGAUUGAAGAGAUUGACUACAACCGUCUCAGCAAGCUCAACCUCGAGACCGACGAGGGUGAGGAUGUCGAUGACUACGGUUUCCUCUACGCCUACGACCGCUCCUACGACAAGCCCGUGGUCAAGAACGCCGAGCGCAGGCUCGCUGCCAUCGACCGUGCUGCCUACAACGUCACCACCUCUUCCGACCCCGUCAUUCAGGAGCUUGCCGAGAAGGACGAAGCCACCAUCUUCGCCACCGACAACAUCCUCUCCAUGCUUAUGUGCGCUCCCCGCUCCGUCGCUCCUUGGGAUAUCGUCAUUUCCCGCCAGGGCAACAAGAUCUUCUUCGACAAGCGCGACAACGCCGCUCUCGACCUUGUCACCGUCAACGAGAACGCCGCCGACGCUCCGCUCGACGCUUCCGAGGGUUCCAAGGAUGGCAUCAACCAGCCCCACGCCCUUGCCGAGGAGGCCACCUUCAUCAACCACAACUUCGCCAACCAGGUUGUCGUCGAGAACGAGUCCGAGAAGGUCAACAUGGCCCACGAGAACCCCUUCUACAACGCCUCCGAGGAGAACGUCCCCCCUGCCUCCAAGGCUUACAAGUACCGCCGCUUUGACCUCUCCACCAGCGAGGAGGAGUCCACCUUCUUGGUUGUUCGUACUGAGAUCGACGCUGUUCAGAAGAAUGCCACCGACGGCAAGAACCAGCUCGUUACCGUGCACGCCCUUAACGAGUGGGACAGCAAGGCCCAGGGCGCGGGCGGUGCCCUCGACUGGAGGACCAAGCUCGCUUCCCAGCGUGGUGCCGUUGUCGCUACUGAGAUGAAGAACAACAGCUGCAAGCUCGCCAGGUGGACUGUCCAGUCCAUUCUCGCCAAGGCCGACGUCAUGAAGCUUGGUUUCGUCUCCCGCGUCAACCCCAAGGUCAACGACAAGCACGUUAUUCUCGGCGUCGUUGGCUGGAAGCCCAAGGACUUCGCCAAUCAGAUGAACCUCCAGCUCUCCAACGGCUGGGGUAUUGUCCGCACCAUUGCCGAUAUGUGCCUCAAGUCCGAGUCUGAGGACGCCAAGUUCGUCCUCGUCAAGGAUCCCAACAAGAACAUUCUUCGUCUGUACGAGGUCCCCGCCGGCAGCCUCGACGAGGAGGCUGAGGAGUUGGACCAGGUCGAGGAGGAUGGUGAGGAGGCCGAGGAAUAAAAUACCUUUGGACGUGUAGAGUGGGACAUUGUAAUAGGAGGCAUUUGCUGAAGAGGAAUAGAAAGCCUCUAUGAUGCAAAAUGUGUGAGAGGGUUAUGAGGAUUUGGGGAUCUGAGCAAGUGCGAUAUGCUCUCCCCUGGACCGAUGGGAAGCGGAGAAUAAAAGCAGUUUCAUUAUUCAGUUCAAGAGCGUUUUUUGCC